AUGUAUUUGGGAGGGGUCCAGCCGCGCUCUCAGACGCUCCGUCCUUCAUCCGCUCCGAGUCAAACCUCUUUCGUUCACACCCUCCGCCGUGUUCUUCGUCACUCCGUCCAACUGCCACGCCGUGUUCGUCGUCCACGUCGUCGUCCGUUCGUCGUUCUCCGUCCAACUGCUUUCGUCCACGUCGUCCGCCGUCCACGUCGUCCAAGUCGUCCGCUGUGUUUAAACUGGAAGAUUGCAAUAGUUUCAUCUAGUCCACUUAUCUUCUUAGGAUUUUUUCGUCUUGUUACAACAACUGGUGUGGAUUAUCAGGUCCAUACGAGUGAAUAUGGUGUGCAUUGGAAUUUUUUCUUCACGCUUGCUGCAAUCUCAAUUCUUACAUCCUUUAUUAAUAUCCCCCCAAAAUAUUCUGGAGUUUUUGGAUCACUUGUCCUAGUAGGUUACCAGUUCAGUUUGAUGCAUGGUUUAAACCAUUACUUGCUUUCUAGUGAAAGAGGAAUGGAUAUCAUAAGUCAAAACAAGGAGGGGAUUUUUAGCAUAUUUGGAUAUUGGGGUAUGUACCUUAUUGGCGUUCAUUUAGGAAACUAUCUUAUCUUUGGAACCCAUUCCUCUGCGCUUAAAAGUAGCAGAUGGGUUCGGACGAGAGUUUGGGUUCUAGCAAUCCUGUUUUGGAACUCAACAUUUUGUCCUCUACGUUACACCAAUUGGUCAGGAAUGCCAAAUGAUAAUAAAAACCGUUUCUGGAGAUAUACUAAUCGGAAGUUUAUCUUGCCGGUUGAAGCACGAGAUUGGAUUGAGACCACUGUUAGAGAGGCAUGGAGAAGAUAUAAGCACAAAAUUAAGAAGAAUCAUUUUUUGAAGUAUUCCAACAUGACCGAGAGACUCAAAAGACUCAAAAAUCAUCCGCCAAAUGUGCCAAUAGCCCAGUUUAAGAGUCUUUGUGCUUAUUGGAGUAAGGAAACUAUACAAGCAAUCAGUGAAAAUAACACUAGAAAUAGAGCUCAACUAAAGUGGAUGCAUCGAAUGGGUCCCAAAAACUUUGCUUUGACUCGUGAAAAAACCGUAAUACAACAAUGCAAUCCUCAAAUUAAUAUAGAGUCAAUUGAAUAUUUGUUAGGAUUAUCUCAUGGAGAUGCUAAUAGUUCCCCAAAGGAUAUAAGACCGCAAAUGCAUUCAUCUACAUCAACUCAUGCUCCAUGUCAUGGAAAGCAAUGUAUCAAUGAAGAUGUUGAAAAGGACGAUAUAAAUGAUAAAAUUCAAGAGGACGACAUAAAUGAUAAAAUUCAAGAGGACGACCUAAAUGAUAAAAUUCAAGAGGACGACGUAGAUGAUGAAUUUCAAGAGGACGACAUAGAUCUAGAUGAUGAAUUUCAAGAGGAGGAUAUAGAUGGUGAAUUUCAAGAGGACGACGUAGAUGAAGAAUUUAUGGAGGAUGACAUAUCUAACGAAUUUCAAGAGGACGAUCUGGAUGCUUUACUCCUAGAAGACAAACUUGAAUGA